GUUUGAGACAGUUCAUGAAGGCCUAAAUAAACUAGAUUAGCGGCACCUCACUCCUAGAAAGAGAGAAGAGAGAGAGAGGGGUACCAAACUCACUCUGAAAGCAAAAAAGGAAACCGCCAAGCAGCCACCGCUAUGCUGCGGCAGAUUACGGCGGCGCCACCACCCACUUGUGAAUACUCCUCUGCGAUUCCACAAUCCCCUUUCCGACUGUGAGUAAUGGCGGCGACAAAUAAGCAGAAACAGAUUCAAGCACGUGACCUGAAGCACCACGUGCUCACAUGCAUCCACAAACUCUCCGACCGGGAUACGCAUUCCGCCGCGGCCUCCGAGCUUGAGUCGGUUGUUAAAUCUCUUUCGCCGGAGACGAUUCCUCUUUUCCUUUCAUCAAUCUCCGCCACUGAUUCCUCCGACAAGUCUCCGGUCCGCAAGCAAUGCCUCCGCCUCAUCUCUCUGCUCUCAGAGGAACAUGGUGACUGUCUCUCCCCUCAUCUGUCGAAACUCCUCUCCGCCGUCGUCCGCCGCCUACGCGAUCCAAACACCUCUGUCCGUUCUGCUUGCAUCGCCGCUUGUGGAUCCAUCUCCUCGCACAUCACCAAGCCCCCGUUCCCCUCUAUCAUCAAACCGCUCCUAAAUGCGUUAUUCACGGAGCAGGAAAUGAACUCCCAGAUCGGUGCCGCGCUAUGCUUGUCGGCUGUGAUUGAUGCAGCGCCUGAUCCAGAUGCUGCAUGCCUAAGGAAGCUGAUGCCGCGAUUCGAGAAGCUCCUCAAAUGCGACAGCUUCAAGGCUAAGGCGGCGCUACUCACCCUGAUCGGUAGUGUAGUUGGCAAUGGAGGCGCUUCUAGCCAGUUGUUGGUCACAAAUUUAGUGCCGUGUUUGGUAGGUUUCGUCAAGAGCGAUGAUUGGGCGGUGAGGAAGGCAGCUUUCGAGGCUUUGUUGAGGCUCGCCACAAUGGAGAAAGAAAUGUUGAAGGAGUUCAAGGCAUCUUACUUGAGGGAUUUCGAGGGUAGAAGAUUCGAUAAGGUGAAAGCAGUGAGGGAGUCAAUAGAUCAGAUGUUGGAGGCGUGGAAGGAGAUUCCCGACUCCUCUGAUGAUAUUUCACCUCAAACCGAAUCUUCUCCUUCAUCCAAAGAAAAAACUAGAGAUGCGUACUAUCCGCCUCGCUCCAAGAUUUCGUACAGAAUGAGCUCGGGUGCUUCAAAUCAUAGUAAAAAAUACACCACACCAAUCAACAAGUCCCAUUUUCCUGACCGUUCACCUACUACUAAAGUUAGUAGGAGGAGUCUUGUAGAGGGUACCCAAAAGAAAUCCGCUUCUGCAGUACUAUUUGGUAAGCUUGACCGCAAAAAGCCUUAUGAAGUAAAGACUGAAGUUUCUGCAUCUCAAGGCACUCCACCAUGGGAUAAUUUGAAAUAUAAGGAUGAGAAAUGUACAAAUUCAGAAACCAGAAGAGCCCUAUUUAUACAACAGAAAAGUGCCGGGUCUCGUGUUGUCCCAUACGAUGAAGAGAGAUCUGAGCAAGGCACCAUUGUCUUGAGUAGUGAAACUGGGGACCUUCGCACGAACUUGAAAGAAUGUGAAGAACUGUCUCAAAUUCAGAUUCAACUAGUUCAAAUUGAAAAGCAGCAGACCAAGUUGUUAGACAUUGUCCAGAAAUUCAUUGGGAAUACACAGAGUGGGAUGCAUUCCUUGGAGACACGGGUUCGUGGCCUAGAGUUGGCAUUAGAUGGGAUCUCACAGGACUUGGCUGUUUCAAAUCGACAACAAUUGUCAUCAAAUAGAAAGACUUUAUUCACAUGUUGCAAACUACCCACUGCAGAGUUUUUUAGUUCAAGACUUUGGAAGAGGAGUUUACCCUCUCAGGUCACUGCACAGAGUACAGUUGGAGUUCGUGAAGGGUUGAGGGUAGAGAGUAGCAGGAGGUUCCAAUUCCAAGGCAACCAUGGGUUUAUUUUAAAUCCAUUGGCUCAUGAAUGAGUUUCUUUCCACAAGUGGCUUCUCAAAGAACAUGCACAAUGUCAUGUGUAUGAGAGAGAGUACAUGUAUAAAAUAUCAUUAGUAAUGUUACUACUACUCAUCCUUACUUGGAAUGUAUGUUUUUGAGUUGAACUAUACAUAUUUAAUUACCCCAUGACACACAUUCUCUUGUUCUAGAACAUCAUACCAUUGUCUGGUAAUUUGAACAAAUAAUUUCUUCUUCCAAUUCUCUGCAACUCUUGCAUUUGGUUUGAUGCAUUAGAAGCUCU